UGCUGUUUUGUUGACAUUUUUUCCUCUAUCAGCUGACUGCUAACUCAGUUAGCUGGCCACUUUAUGAACAGCUCAGCACAAACAAACCGUCAGUAUGACUUUAUCCUGCCAGCACUGCCUCUCAGCCCUCACAAACCACAAACAGUCGACACGUCUUUAGAGAAGUGGCGUCGCACGAUGAGGGUCAUUAUCUAACCCGCUGUCACUCCACAGACAGAGAGCGAGAGCUAAGCUAACGUUACGGCGAACGUUAGCUAGCUCGCUGCUUUAGCCUGCCGAGUUGCGGCGAACAGCUAACAGGCUAAAUUAUCCGAUGUGAAACCAUGGAAGGGAUUCUGUACAAAUGGACGAAUUACAUGACAGGCUGGCAGCCACGCUGGUUCGUCUUAGAGAACGGAGUCAUCUCUUACUAUGACAGCGAGGACGACGUCGGCAAAGGAAGCAAAGGAUCCAUCAAGAUGUCUGUGUGUGACAUUAAAGUUCAUCCGACAGAUCCGACGCGUCUAGAGCUGAUAAUCCCCGGCGAGCAGCAUUUCUACGUCCGAGCCGUGAACGCCGCAGAGAGACAGAGGUGGCUGGUGGCUUUAGGCUCGUCCAAAGCUGGAACUCUGGACAGCCACAAACACAAAGGUCCUGACUGUCUGAAGACGAAGAUGUCUGAACUUCGUCUGUACUGUGACCUCCUCGUCCAACAGGUCCAAACGAUCCAAUCACAGCACACUGCUGACGCAGAGGCCACGCCCACCUCUGAGGCUUCUCUCCUCAGUGCAACCUGUGCAACCUUCAUCAGGACUUUGGAGGAGUGUAUGACCCUGGCCAACCAGAGUUUGACCCCUGACCUCCGACCUCCUGAGAGGAUGAAGAGGUCAAUCAGCCACCCAGGAACAUACAGCUUUGACAGGUCAGGUGUGCUUAAGGAGUACUUGAGCGGAGGUCAAAGGUCAACUCAGCGCAGGAACCGGACGUGCUCUGACAGCUCUGUUUAUGAUACUGAACGUGUGCUGCCUGGUCUCAACGGUGACUCAUCCUCCAUUCCUGAAGAGAGGGGGGGCAGUGUGAGCCCAAAGACCACACCCACCGACACAGACACUGACCUGUCCAUCUGAAGACCUGACGUCCACCCAGAAGCCUGCUGGACUCUGUGAAAGCUCGAGAACACGACAAGAUCAGUGACAGCGACUGCUGCUGACGAGAUCUUCAUUCAACCGAGUUUGAGCUGACUGACGUUCGACCUCUAGGACCGCCCUUCUCGUGCUUUUUCUCCGAAGUCAGAUGAUUGCCAAACACGUGCACUUUGGAGUCGUAUUUCAUUUUUCCUUCAGGCUGUCUUUAAGAGUUUGAGUUGCCUGUUCACACUGGAGAGACAGCAGGAAGGAUGUCCCAACAGGCAGCCCCGUUCACACCAUGGACACACUCAGAGGUGACGGUGGACUUCAUGACCUGAAGUUUGAAUCCUGUGAACCUGUGUGAAGUCACUGCUCCAGCAGCUAACCUGGACUUAGUGGUGAGGUCUGUGAUUGCAGGAGGAAGCUCCCCAGCACAGAAUCAACAUAAAUAACUGUGAAUUCUUGUUUUCUGGACAGUUUAGAUGCCAGAGUUCAUCGUUCGCUACUGUAAAUGCACCCCAGAAUGCGCAGGAAACUUUUUUUGUAGGUCAUGUUGCGUUGAUGGGAAAUCCUGCGCCUGUGAAAGAAAAGCAUGUUCUCGUACAGUAUUUUCUGCCUUUUCCACGUACUCAAGAACUCGCCUCGUCUUUGGAAACUCGCCGAGCAUCCUCAGCAUUCUUCCUCCAGGCCUCCAUAGUCGUGCUCGCCCGCUGAAAGCAAAGGUCGAAAAGAAGAACUCCGUCCCUCUUCCUGCCAGCUUCCUGCCUGAGGUUGUCGGUCGUGGUCUGAUACAGCAGCUGAGGAUGAACCCGUCUGAGAAACGGUGUCUCUGCGGGUUCCUGAAGCCAAUUUCCUCUGUUACUGUCCACACAGAGCUGAGGAACCUGGGUCUUCAGAUGCCAAAAUUUGCACAAAUGUGAUCUGCAUUAAAUGUGCCAUCAUCCUUUCUUCUAGCAAAGCUUCUUCUCCGCAGUCCAGCUGUCGGCUGAAUGUGCGCUCGUUACUGCCUUUUAAUGUUUGUGCGUCUUUUUCUUGCCUUUUGGUGAUGAACUUCAGCCAAACGUGUCCCCGAAAAGCAACGAGUACGGUGGUCCUGAAAGCUCAACGCACAGCAACUUCAGAAACGAAACGAACUGAAGAGACAAAUUCUUUUUGUUUUUGUGUUUGAUCUGUCUGUCAGCGUGUCGAGCUCUCAGCCACCGGAACAAAGUGCUGUUCAAAUGAAUGAACUUGGUUGAGGACUGAAGCUCAGCAGUGAGUUCAGAUGAUGCCUUUUGCACACGUUUGCAACGAUCAGCUAGCAAAUCAAAGCUGUCGUCAAGCUCGAGUUUGUCAAUCUAAUUUCCUGUUUUGAUGAAUGAGCUGGUCAGUCUGCACGCUGCUGUCUUGUGACAUGCUUUACUGUUUGCACACGUGCAGAAGACGUCAUCUGAACACGAAGUAAACAAUCGUGAUGUGAACAAUCGUCCACGGCGACUGAACUGACUACAAUCCACACCGACGUUCCGUGAUGCGCUUUCGAUGGACCUUCACCUGUAAACUCAUCGUAAUGUGACGUUCACUCCUUCACACGUCAGCUUCGGCCAAAAACAUGUUUGAUGCUAAAACAUUUGUAUUUAUCUUUAAGACACUUUAGUAUUCUGCUGGGUUUUUUUUUUUUUUUGGCCUGGGGGUUUCUUUCCAAACAGACUGACCGCAGCUGCUUCAGUCUCUCCACCAAUCAGGUGUUUUAACCUCACAUUCAGUUAUUAGAGAGCGUAAAAUAAGUUCAGUUGCACCAAAGGCUGGUAGGUAACUUUCCUCCUACAUGCAGUGUGUAGGUGUGGUUGUUUUGCACUUUAGAGUUAAAAUGGAGUUUUUGAAUGUUAGUGCUAUGAAACAGGAUUACAGUGUCAAAGGUACUGUGGUGGAAAACUGAUGAUUGUUUAAAAAAAACCAUUUGUUUCUAGUCUGCGUCUUAUUUUUAGAAGGAUGUUUUGGAGUUCCAGCAGCCUUAUAUGUAACAGUAACAGUAUGUACACGUACAAGACUUCUUUCUUGUGUUACUUUUACCAAAAUGUGUGUUCAGUAUUUGUUAUAAACACACUGAAACUGUUUAUGCUCCUGUGUUUUCUUGAGCUUCCCUUCACUAAAUACUGUGAAAUGUUUCUGCAGCGUUUCCAGUGAAGCAGCAAGAGUUCAGACACUUAAACCACCACAGUUUGAGUUUCCCACGAAUGUUGGCUCCAUGUUCAGCUUCUGAUGUCAAAUAACUGAUCUCCUAACUAUUGCUAACAGCAUGGUGCUUCUAUAUUUGAUCUUUAAUUGAUCAUUCUAUUCCUGUUGCCUGUCAGAUUAUUUUGCUUAAACAUGAGAUGGAUGUAGUUAAAGCACUUGCAGGAGCUUUUAAAUCCCAAAUUAAUAGCUAACAAAAAUUUAACAAGUAAUUGAAGAAUAAAAAGCACAACAGGGAUCAAAAUAUGGUUACUGAGCAUUUAGCUUGGACAGACUCUUUUUAAAGGAAUAGUUCAAUAUUUUCAGAAAAAUGCCUAAUUGAAUCCACUCAAAUGCAGUUAAACUGUAUUUUGCGUUCGUAAAGACUAAACGAAGGAGAUGUUAGUUAAUGAGCUGCAGAGGUGCUGGUUCAGUGACCUUUGGACAGAGCCGGCUAACUGAAAGGGUUUUUUGUGGAGAAGCUUAUUUUCCAAAACGUGGAGCCGUUCCUUCACGGCAGCACAAACAUCUCUGCUUCCUGUUUGGAGGUCAAAUACCUGAAUUAAACUGCUGAGUCAUUUUCUCUGUUACAGACUCUUUUUGGAUAAGCUGGCAGAGAGACUUUCACGCCUUCAGUGUCUCUGCAGGAAGUAACGUGUGGGUGUAUCAGACUUUUCAUUGUCUAAAUAAAAAAAGGAUUUUAAACUGA